ACUAUUUCAGUCUUUUGGAGCGUCCUCUAAUUUCAAUGCAGUUUCCCGCCUAUAAAAGGCGAAGACCUGUUCUGCUCGUCUAGCGGCACAAACUAUAGAAGCCGUCUCUAUAACGUUCACAUUUGAGGAACCUUCUACAUUUUCCUCAAUUCCAGCCCUCUUCUGGAAAGCUUAAACUUGGUGCGAGCAUGGAUAAAUCAGACCCGAAACUUUGCAGGUAGUCUGACCAAUUUAUCAACGUUCCCUCCAAUCUGGGCGCACAGUUUCCUAGAAAUUGUUGUAUUCCCACCUCAAUUUCUCCUGCAACUCAAAGGUCAGAGAAACUUUACGCGGAUUCAAUUUCACCAUGGGAAUUAAGGGCCUAACUAAGCUUUUGGCCACUCAUGCUCCCAAAUCUUUGAAGGAGGAGAAGCUGGAGACCUACAAGGGGAAGAUGAUUGCAAUUGAUGUCAGCAGAAGUGUCUACGAGUUCCUUAUUGUUGUAGGGAGAAAUGGACAUGGAGCCCUUACAAAUCAAUUUGGUGAAGUGACAAGUCAUUUGCAGGGUAUGUUUUAUCGGGCAGCGAGAUUGUUAGUUGCUGGGGUGAUGCCUACAUGCAUUCUGCAUGGCAGCUUUGUUUUUGAUGGAAAGCCUCCGUAUCUGAAAAAAGAUCUUCUCAUGACAAGGAUUCCAACACAGGGAGAAGUGCUAUACAAUACGACACAAGCAAUUAAUCUAGGUGAAAGGGUGGAUAUUGACAAAUGUAGCAAAGAAACAGUUAAGGAUCUGGAAAAACACUUAAGGGCUGGGAUGUUGGAGGACAAGGCGACAAGGCAAAGCGAGGAAACGUGGAUGACUCCAACAGUACCAGUCAUUCAGGUUACCAAAAAACAGAAUGAGGAUUGCAAAUUACUUCUAACACUCAUGGGAAUACCUGUGCUUCAGGCUCCUUCUGAAGCAGAGGCAGAAUGUGCAUCUUUAUGCAAAGUUGGUAAGGUAGAUGCUGCAGCGUCUGAUGAUACAGAUUUGCUAGCAUUUGGAACUCCACGAUUUCUCCGGCAUUUGACUGACUCUCCCUCAAGAAAAAAUCCAGUUAUCGAGUUUGAGUUAUCCAAGGUGUUGGAUGAGCUGAAUCUUUCGAUGGAUCAAUUUGUGGAUAUGUGUAUCCUUUGUGGGUGCAGCUAUUGUGAGACCAUAGGAGGUAUUGGGCCACAAACAUCGUUAAAGCUUAUUCAGGAGCAUGGUUCGAUAGAGAAGAUCUUGGAUAAUAUUGACAAAGAUAGGUUUCAAAUUCCAGUGCACUGGCCUUAUCUACAAGCUCGAUCCAUUUUCAAGGAACCCCAAAUAACUCCUUUGGAAUACCAAUCGAAAUUGGAGUGGUCGGCUCCAGAUGAGGAGGGAUUGAAGAAAUUUCUUGUUGAUGAAAAUGGAUUCAGUUUUGAGCGAAUCAUGAAGGUGAUAAAGAAGAUCAAAUCAAUCAAGAGUACAUCUGAAAGAAGCCUUGUGUAAACUUAUUUUGGCCAAGAAAGCGUGUUUCAGGUACCUAUGCUUUUCUCAGUAAACAUGUUUGAACUAUGUUGUUAGAUUCCUUCUCCAUUUGAUAUCAAUCAUUUUGUGUAACUCAUAGUAUUAUCAUGCGAAGAAAUGUUAUUUAGGACAUAUUUAAUGUUGUAAAAAAAUCUGUUCUGUAUAUAUAUGCUGGUUUUGUAACAAUAGGCAUUCAAUCAAUUCUCGUCAUCCACAUGCUUUGGAAAUGAGGUUUUUGAAGGUAAUCUUUAACAGGUUGUAUUUUCUGAAGUGCGGUCUUAAAAGUUUUAUAGUAAUCUUGAUGAAUGUAUCAUAGAGAAGCAUAGUAUCUUAGGCCAAAUUUUGUAGUGGACGUGAAGGUUUAGAGUGAAUUUUUUCCAUAUACAAUAGAAUUUACAUUUUCAAGACACCAUUUCUCAUCAAUCCAUAAUUUGUAUGA